GUGUGUGGCGGCCGAUGGUUAAUAUACGUGACUAGGUCGAUACCAGACCGUCGGUCAUUUGCACGGAAGAAUUGGAGAGACGAUGGGCGGGAAGCGGUGGCGCUACGUCCAUCCUUGCGCUGUUUCACAGGUACAGUAUAUAUUAGAUGA